GGGUUAUGAGUUGAGGAGACGUAAACUUCAAAAUCCUGAGGCGCUAAACCCCUAGUGUCUAAAACCCUAAUCAACCGCCAUGAAAAACCUUAACGCCAUGGAAGAAGAUGAUAAUACAGAAGAAGAGCAACUGGCGGAUGCCAUCUUCACUGAAAAAUCCGACAUCUGCCAAAGCCUAAUGAACCGUUACGCCAAAUCCUCCGCCCCUCAACACCGCCACCUCAUUGCCACCGCCGCCGCUGUUCGGUCGAUCAUCACUGCAGAAGCAUUGCCACUCACGCCGCUAUCUUACUUCGCCGCCGUUGUUACAACCAUCGUCAACUCGUCCGAAACCCUAGACUCGACGGGGAUCGCCGCCCUCUCAACACUGCUUUCGAUGGUGCUGCCUGCGGUGCCGGCGCAGGCUAUCACUCAUCCGAAGGCGGUGGAGGCGGUGUCAGUUCUGGUUGAGCUGUUGCGGAGCCGUGGGGAAGGCAUGGCGGCGUCGAGUUUGAGGGCUGUGGUAAAGUGUUUGGGGGUUUUGGUGGGGUUCUGUGAUUUGGAGGAUUGGGAUUCGGUGAGUUUGGGAUUUGAAACGCUUCUCAAAUUCUCGGUAGAUAAACGUCCGAAGGUUCGAAAAUGUGCUCAAGCUUUUCUUGAAAGGGUUUUUAAGUCCUUCCAGUCCACCACGGUUACAAAGGAGGCGAGCAAAUUGGUACUUUCUUUGUUCAAAAGUUACAUGCCUUUGGCGGUUAGGUUAAAUUCUUUGAAGACUGUUGAUGGAUCUAAACCUGAGAAUCUAGAGAUUCUCCAUAUGCUGGGUGUACUGAAACUCAUUGUUCCAUAUCUUUCUGUCAAAGUUGGUUUAAAAAUACUUUUGGAACUACUUAAGCUCAUGAAUGCUCAGUUCUCAGCCCUUACAAGGCACAUCCUUAAAAUCAUUGAAGCCCUUUUUGAAACUUCAAGGGUGGAAGUUAUCAUUCCAGAGGCAGAUAACAUUAUAAGUUCUCUUUCAUCAUAUGUACUUUUGGGAGAAAAGAACCCUGCAGACACUGUCAUCUGUGCAGCAACUGUGUUAAGAGGCACUCUUGACAAACUUGAUGCUGGUGAACGGAGUGCAUGGAUCAGAAAUCUUCCUUUAGUAUUUCGUUCUGUUGCAGGGCUUUUAACUUCUGAGGCUAGUACUGCUUCACAGGCUUCAACUAUUUUGAAGGAGUUGAUCAAGCACCAUAUGGAUCAAAGAACUUUGUUGAUCAAUGGAAGUAUACCAUUUCAAGAUGCUUCAGAGAACAAAGAAUCAAGUGCAAUAAAGUCCAUAUGUGCUGUCUUUGAGAAUGCACUCAACACCUGUGAUGGAAUUCCAAAUGAACAUGUUCUGGAUGUCAUAUCUGUUUUGUUUCUCAAACUUGGUGAGAUGUCAUACUUUUUUAUGAAGGAUAUCGUACUAAAACUUGCUGAUCUGACAUCCUGUGCAAAUGGGGACAUAUCUGACACAAGGCAUCUUCAGGAAUGUAUUGGAUCUGCUGUUACUGCAUUGGGACCAGAGAGGAUACUUACACUGUUACCGAUCUCCCUUGAUGCUGAAAAUUUCACUUGUUCAAACAUUUGGUUGGUACCGAUUUUGAAUAAAUAUGUAGUUGGAGCAUCACUAAGGUAUUUUAUGGAACAUAUCAUGCCUCUUGCAGAAUCUUUUAAACGGGCAUCUCACAAAGUUAAAAAGUCUGUAAUUGGAGAAGAUCUGCAGGCUCAUGCACAUGGUCUUUGGGGUCUGUUACCUGUGUUCUGUCGCUAUCCAACUGAUACUCGCCAAAGUUUUGGAUCUUUGACCAAACACUUAAUUAGCUUUCUCAAGAAGAACUCUUUUAUGCAUGAAAGCAUUGCUAUUUCCUUGCAGGAGCUUGUGAAUCAAAACAGAAGUAUACUUAGAUCUAGUGAGGGUGAUUGUGAGUCAAAUACCUAUGCAAUAAAAGAUUCUAUGAUACAAUCCAGUAGUGUGGCUUCUUAUUCAAAGAAAACUGCAACCAAAAAUAUCGGGGCUUUAGUGUCAUGUUCUAUGGAGUUGCUUCAGGCGCUAACAGAUCUGUUCUUUGGUUCACCUCCUGAGAAACGCUCAUAUUUAAAGGAUGCUAUUGGAUGCUUGGCAUCUAUAUCUGAUUCUUCAAUAACCAAAAGAAUUUUGAUAUCAUCACUUGAGAGGCUUGAGCUUAUAAAUGGUGUGGGUGAAUUUGAAAAUGUAGGGAAUUCAAGUACUACAGAGAAAGAUACGCAAAGGCGUGUAACAAUGGAGCUAGCAUCUUCUCUUGUUGAGGGAGCUAACGAGGAUCUUAUUGAUUUAAUCUAUAAGUUUAUUAGGCACACUUUGCUGACAGCUGAUGAGGAAGGACAAUGUAAAGCGUACUAUGCUUUGAGCCGAGUUCUGGAGGUCCAUAUUUGCAUUUGUGUUGUGAUACAGGAGCAUGCUUGGUUUUGUUCUUCACAAUUUGUUGAGCUGGUAGAAUUAUUGCUUGGUCUGAAGUCGACUGACGAUAUCACUUUGCUUAGAAGUCGCUUUGCUUGUUUCCACAUUUUAUUGGUCCAUGCAUUGAAGAUGAGCUUGGAGGAGGAGAAUACAAAAGCUUUUCUUAUUCUCAAUGAGAUUAUUCUCACAUUAAAAAAUUCAAAGGAAGAAGUUAGGAAGGUAGCUUAUGAUAUACUCCUUGUGAUAAGCUCCAGCCUGGAAAACUCAUCAUCUCUCAGUUCUGAAGGGUCUCAUCAGAAGCUGAUAAGUAUGAUAAUGGGCUACCUUUCUGGUUCAUCUCCUCACAUAAAAAGUGGAGCAGUGUCUGUGCUAUCUGUACUGGUAUAUAAGGAUGCCAAUAUUUGUACUUCAGUACCUGAUCUGGUCCCUUCUGUUUUAGCUUUGCUGCAGGGGAAAGCUGUUGAAGUUGUAAAAGCUGUUUUGGGCUUCGUGAAAGUGGUGGUGUCCUGCUUACAAGCUAGAGACCUGCAGAGUCUUCUUACUGAUGUACUCAAUGGUGUUCUCCCAUGGUCAUCUGUAUCAAGAAACCAUUUCAGAUCGAAGGUUACGGUCAUACUGGAAAUUGUGGUAAGGAAGUGUGGUUCUGCUGCAGUCAAGUUGCUUACGCCAGAAAGAUACAAGGGUUUUGUCAAGACCGUUCUGGAGAAUCGGCAUAAUAGCAAGGGAAGUUCAAAGGAAGCUGAUGAUCCUGAAAAGGAAGAAAAACGUCCAAAUGCAUAUUCGAGGGGAUCUGAUUUUACGUCUUUGAGGCAGCAGAAGAGGGGACGCAAAGAAUUGGGUCUUUCACCUAGAAAGAGGAAGAGGGAGAAGCAGCCAGAUGGCAUUGGCAGUGGCAUGAAAAGGGUUAAGAAGGCCAGGCAUUCAAAUUUUCUUAAUCAUGAAAAACAAACUGAAGGUCAGGCAAGAGGAAGUGUAAAGAAGAACAUGAAGAGGAGUUCGAGAAGUGAGGCUACCAGUAGAGGGGAUGGGGAGAGAAAGAAGAUGGCAUGGAAGAAGCAGAAGAAAAUUCAUAAAUGAGACUCUGAAAUGGCGAAUUUGUUUUCUCCCCUCUCCCCUCUCCCCUCUCCCCUCUCUCCUCACAUCAAUUUUUGUUUCACAGACAUCUUAGCAGGGCCAUGGGACUGGCCCUCCGAUGGAUUUAUUUAUUUUUUAUAUAUUAAUUUUAUACUCCAGUCAGUUAUGUAACAUCUAAAUGCCGCCACUUACUCCUAGUUAGUUUUGAGAUUAACUUCACAAGCAACACUUUAUUAAAUUGAUUAAUAAUUUAGUGACUAAAUUAUUAA